AUGUGGUUGACAUUUGAUUAAGACUGUCAUUAGAGGCAACAUACCAGAUAGAGAAAUUUAAACCAUUUCUUGGAAACUUGCAAUGAAUGGGCUCUGGUAUGUUCUUCUUUAUGUUCUUGUUCAGACGACACUUUUCGCAUACGCGCAAGGCCCAGGAGACAUUUCAGCAGCAAUCGCUGAUGCAGUAACGGAAGUGAGUGCCAGAAGACCUGGUGGACCUGCGCUAGCAUCUGGUGCUGGUCCUGCUGGAGGUGGUGCUGGUUUUGGUGGUGCUGUCGGUGGACUUGGUGGUGCCGGUGGUGGACUUGGUGGAGUUGCCGCCCCGGGAUCGGGAUCUGUAGCAGACAACCCAGUAUCUAUCCAUGCUUUGUUCAGUAGAAGAAGAGAAGCCCCAGGGGCAGUUGCAGCUUUUGGCUCCGCGGGAGAUAUAUCAACUACUGCAACUUCUAACUUUGCCACAAGAACUGGAGGUGCUACACCCGAUGCAGCUGAAUUCAGCAGACAGAUUGCUCCAUAUUGUCCAGUUCGUCGCCCUGUAUGUAAUCCUAACGACCGCUAUCGAACAGCAGAUGGCUCUUGCAACAACUUAAACAAUCCAUUAUGGGGAGCCUCUAUAACAAAUCAAGCAAGAUUUCUCUCACCUACAUACGGAGAUCCAUUUAACACUGGCUCUGUUCCACGUAUACGUAGUGUGCUUGGAUCCCUCCUCCCUAGUCCACGUGACAUAUCUAACGCUGUCCUAAAUGGUGGUGUAUCACCUCCUAGAAGUAGAAUUUAUAGUAUAUCCUUAACUCAUUUUGGACAGUUUGUCGACCACGAUUUCAUAUCAACACCUAUACUUAAAGAUGGUGACCAAGAUAUAGUCUGCUGCAAUGGAGAUGUUCCGAUUGUCAGACCAGAGUGUUUUCCCUUCAGAACUCCGCCAGGCGAUUUCCAGACUACUUGUAUGCAUUUUGUAAGAUCGGACUUUGGUGUUUCCCCAGGAUGUCCACCUGAAUCUAGAAAUCAAAUAAAUCAGAGGACAUCUUUUCUUGAUCUGUCUGUGACGUAUGGAAACACACUCGAUGGACAAAAUGACUUACGAGAAUUGAACACAGGCAGACUCCAAGAAGGCAUUAACAGACUUCUGCCUACUGGUCCUCCAGGAUCUGAAUGCUUAGCAGGGGAAGAGUGUUUCAAAUCUGGGGACAACAGACCAGCAGAAGUUCCAAUGCUGACAGUCGUGCAUACUGCAUUUUUGCGUGAGCAUAACAAUAUUGUUGAAAGGUUGAGAGCACUGGGGUGGACUGAUGGAGAAGAAUUGUACCAGGAAGCAAAAAAAAUUCUCACAGGAAUUUAUCAGCACAUAAUUUACACUGAAUAUCUUCCUAUAGUACUUGGGGCAGAAGGUAUGAAUUUUUUUGGGCUACGAAGUAAUCGAUUUGGGUUUAAUACAUUAUAUAAUCCUUCUGCAAAUCCAUCUACGAGAAAUGCAUUUGGAGCCGCAGCAUAUCGAUUUGGCCAUUCUCUUGUUGGUUCUUUUGUUGAAUCGUUUAACCAAGACUUCACACCACGCGCCAGGGUACCUAUGGAAGACCAUUUCUUUAGUACUCGUUUAAUAAGAGACUUUACUACAUUUGGUCCAGAUGCAAUAGCCAGAUGGAUGACAACACAGUUCAAGAGCAGAGCAGACCGUUUUCUGACUCCAGCAAUAAGGAACAGACUAUUUCAAACAAUGCCAGGAAACGGCUUUGACCUUGGUUCACUAAACAUCCAGCGUGGUAGAGACCAUGGCGUUCCAUCAUAUAACAGAUGGCGACAGUUCUGUGGAUUACAGCCUGCUUUACAUUUUGGAUCAGGACACUUAGGUUUAACCAACCAUCAUGCUUCGGCUGCAAAAGCAUUAUCAUCCGUUUACAGCCAUCCUGAUGAUAUUGAUUUAUUUCCUGGUGGACUGUCAGAAACACCAGUAGCAGGUGCCCUGGUGGGACCAACAUUCAGAUGUAUCAUUGGACUUCAGUUCAUGUUGUUUAAAAUUGGUGACCGUUUCUUUUAUGAGAACGAAUUCGUUCCCACUGGUUUUACUGCUGCUCAAUUGGAACAGAUCAAAAGACAGUCUUUGUCGGCACUUUAUUGUAGAACUCUCGAUGUGAAAUCAAUGCCUGCAAAUCCGUUUGUGUCUCCGUUAACUGGAGCUCCACGUAUACCUUGUCAAAAUUUUCCUAGACUGGAUUUAAGACCAUGGAGUAGAAUAAACAAUUCCGGUUAUCCCAGAAGGAGUGGUAGACGAAACAGAAGUUGGAAGAAAAAAAACUCUUAUUAAAGGGGGUCACAAUAAUUUUU